AUGUCAAAAGCUCCAGAACUUGGAGACAACAUGUCAGUGCUCAGGAAAAUGCCCACGAUUUUCAUGCACUGGUAUCAUCAUGCGAUGACUUUUGUCUAUGCUGCCAUUACUUACUCACAUCAAGCUUGGGCACAAUGGUCUCUAACACUCAAUCUCACUGUCCACACUACUAUUUUGGAGUACGAGCUCUAA